UAACCCUUGAUAUUCAACUCAAUAGAGCGGGCAGAUACCAUCUCUCUUCGGAAGAAAUCACUGCCGUUCAUGAUGAUAUCCGCCGUCAUGAGCAAGUUGUCACGUCUAUCGACGUGAAGUUAGAGACACUCGCGCGGGAAGCUAGCCUCCUGCGCGUAGACAAGAUACGCCAUUUAGAACUCAUAUCGAAAUGCAGGGGCGUCCUCACACUAGCUCGCCUUGCCCCCGACGAAGUACUUGCCCAGAUCUUUGAGAACUGUGUCGCAGAAAACUGGGCGCGAGCUCCUCUUGUUGUGUCUCAAGUCUGCGCCAAAUGGAGGAGGGCAGCAUUGAGCCCCAGGGUAUGGGCUAAAGUCAUUCUUACUAGCGAUAGCUUGUAUCCCAUCGAAAGGACGCGUCUUUGGCUCUCCAAAGCACUACAAUCGCCGCUGCACAUUAUAGUUGAUAUCGCCGUGUUAGACUCGCAACUGUUGACUGCUGUGGACCUUCUUCUGAACCAGCUUCAGCAAUGGUACGAAUUUACCCUUCACUCCCGGUUCAUGCAUCAAGCAUGCGAUAUAUUGGCAAGGUGUACUCGCAGUGCGCCAAAUCUACGCUCAGUCAACAUCUCUAUUUCUGCGACUCCCUUGCCACCCGGUGAAAGCUCAGAUGGAAUGCCAAACCUCAAGUUUAUUUUUCAAAAUGCCCCCCAACUCAAAUCCAUUACCUGGACGAGCAACACGUUUCCCUCCUCUCUCCCUUCCCAGAUUUCCGAGCUCACUAUCACGCUCCUUCCAUAUCCAUUCGGGCCUACGUCAGUCCUUUGGCUUCUCGAGGUGUUAGCAAACCUUCCUUCCUUGAAGAAUCUCACUCUCACGAUCCCUGUCACAUUUUCCGAAGUGAUCUUGUUCCCGCGUGAACAGACGCCCCCGUUUCUUUUAUCACGCCUGGAAUCCUUAACAGUCCAAAGCUACCCUGAUUUCAACAACAUCCUCCUCUAUAUCCAGACACCCAAUCUUUCUCGUCUUCAUCUUCGGUCCUCGGAGCCCCCUCUGAAUCACCCACACGCAGCAACGGGCGCAUCGUUGUGUCGAUUCAUUGAAUCUAUUUCUCCACCCUUAGAACUAUUAGAGCUAUACGAUGUCGACCUUCCGCGGGGCGAUUUUAUCCGCUGCUUCUUAGGUCUACCCACUCUCCAAGAACUUCGCCUCCACGAAACAGAAAUCUCUGAUGACGUGUUUGCAUUGAUCGCAGAACUUGAUGGUCCUUGCCCUCAACUCAGGCGACUCGACUUGCGAUGGUGUGAACAGCUGUCCGGCAGUUGUCUGGUCAACCUGAUAUCGGCUCGAAAUGUGGCCUGUGACAUCGCUCAUAGCAAUCCUGCUUUGCGGCGAAUAGAGGAGAUCACUCUUGUCAAUUGCGCUUUGGUGAAGGAGCGCGACGUUUUGGAUCUUGCGAAGGCAACAGUUUGUAGCGUCAUAGCGCGGAGCCCUGAUGACUACUGUCGUUUUCGAGGGUGUUGCAACAACGGUCGCUAUCGGCAGCGUCUCCGUUUGAGACACAAGAAAGACUUAGAAUCAGCUGAAGGGGGUGGAAUGAGACUCAUCCUCGAUUAAGACUAUAUCGUACGCUUGCUAUCCUCAAUGAAUUAGAAAGUUUGUGAGCC